AUGGAGGAGACUAUACAAAUCAUUGAAAAAUUGCCCAUCAUCGACUUUUCUCUCCUACACCAUGAUUCUGUCAUCAAGAAAAUCCAUGAAGCUUGUCGAAACUUUGGUUUCUUUCAUGUUAUCAAUCAUGGGAUACCCGAUUCGGUAAUCGAAGAUGCUUUGAAUGUGAAUUCAAAUUUCUUUGAUUUGCCAAUGGCGAUGAAGGAGGAGGAGCUCAUGUCUGAAGAUGUACAGAAGCCAGUUAGAUUUGGUAGAGUACAAGUUGGAUGCCAUGAAAAUGGGAUGCUUUCAAGAGACUUCCUUAAGCUGUAUGCACAUCCUAUUGAUCAUUUUCUCAAUUUAUGGCCUUCAAAUCCUCCCAAUUAUAGGGAAAAAAUGGGAAUCUAUGCAACAGAAGUCAGAAAAUUAGGCAUUGAGCUUUUUGGAGCAAUCAUGGAGAGCUUAAACUUAAGCCCAACACACUUGAAACAAAAUUUCGAACAUGGCGCGCAAAUGAUCGGCAUAAAUUCCUAUCCUCAAUGCUUGGGAUCAAACGUAAAAACAGGUGUAGCUGCGCAUACGGAUCACAGCAUCAUCACCAUUCUUCUGCAGAGUUCCCCAGGGCUCCAUAUCGUGGACAGGUUGGAUAGCACAUGGAAGAGUGUUUGCAGGAUCGAAGGGUCGUUCGAAAUCAUAGUGGGAGAUCAUUUGGAGGUUAUAAGCAAUGGUUUGUACAAAAGUGUAUUGCAUCGAGCCAUUCCGAGUUCAAAUAAUGGUACUAGGUUUUCUAUAGCCAAUCUUUACAGCCUCGGAAUGGAUGAAAUAGUCGAGCCUGCUGCAAAGCUAGUGGAUGAAGAGCGUCCAAAGAGUUAUAAGGGGAGCAGCUUGAGAGACUUUCUUGAGCUUCUCUCGUCCAAAGACACAAUACCCUUUAUUCACACGAUCAAAUACAAACGAUCUCUGACAAUUGAUGAGUAUAUGGUCAUCUCGGCUCUUCUUAUAAACCUAGGAAUGAGCCAAACGAAUCAGUUCAACUUCAGAGUCCGCAAUUUUGAUGAAGAGGAGCCAGAGAAGGAAGUAGAGCCAUUAGAAUCAGCUACAUCCAAUACUGCUGAGGAUUCAUCUUUAGAGCCACAGAAUCAAACAAAAUGCACUUAUACACCUGUCUGUAUCAUGCCAGAAGUAGAUCUCAUUCCUGCUAUACCUAAGGAAGAAGCUGGUACAAAUCUUUUUAAUAUGAACUCAGAUGAUAAGAAUAAGGUAGAUGCUGGAGGUACAUGCACUCAGAAAGUUGGAAAGUGUGUUCUUGGUUCUAAAAAAAAUAACAUUAGACAUUUGAUCAUUGGAUAG